CUCAUUACCAAUGUAAAUUCUUAUAUAUAUAAACAUGCUUCAUUGACAUAAAUCUCACAACUUCCAAGCAAGCUUUGAUUAAAACUUCUCACCUGGAAAUGAAUUCUUCAACACCAUUUCUCCUUAUGCUUACCAUUUGCUUGAUUGUGAUUUUCCAUUUUUCUUUGCCAGCAAAUGCUAGAGUUCAUCAUAGUCAUCGUGAAUUGGUGGGUAAUGAUCCUGAUCUAAUUGGUCAAACUUGCAAGAAUGCUGAAAAGAAUGAAGCCAACUGCACAAAGAUUCUGAGAGGAAUUCCUGAUGUCGUACGAGCAAAAAAUUAUUUUGAUUUCUCAAAGGCAAUCUUGGAAUUUUCCUUAAAGGAAGGAACUGCUGGGCAAAACUUCCUUAAGGAAUUGGCAACAAAGAAUAACGCUUCGGCCAUUGUAGAUUGUGCAAAUGUUCACUAUAAUGAGGUGGUUGGAUCAUUCUGGAGCGCCUUGGGUGAGUUGAAAGAAGAUCCUGAGACUGCUAACUAUGACGCAAAAGUGGCUGGUGAUGGAGCCGUAAACUGUCAGGAUGUCUUGAAUGCUGCACAUAUUGUUAAUCCUGAUAUUAAUGCUCUGAAUUACAAAAUGUCAUUGCUUAGUCUUAUUGCAUUCCUAGCCACAAAUAAUCUUUCAUCUUAAGGAAAUUUGUGGUCUUUAACUUGUAAUGAAAAUUCAUAUGUCCAGGAUAAAAACAAGGUGUAAUGGUUUUUAUCUGUCUGAGGAUCUCAUUGAGUAUAGUGGGAGUAAUUAAUAAAAAUAAAUAGCAAGUUUUUGUUA